GGAAUUUGGAAGAGGGAUCUGGCAACCGUCGAGAUGUGUUCAAGCCUUCCAGUUCCUGCUCGCUUUUAAACAACAUGGCGGUCGAACCGUGGAAUAAAAUAAACAUUCCGUAUCCAGGUGUUGCUGCGGCUUGUAGAAUCCCUUUUAACACACGAACAGCCGCUGUAACAGAAGCUGUGGUGGUGCACUGUGGGAACGUGCUGAAGCUGCUGGGCAGCCGCGUGCUGAACACAGAGAUCCGCGUAGUCCAUGAGAUCCUGUAUGUACUGCACAACGGCUUCAGACAACACAAACCUUUUCUGGCCAUCAAACAGGUUCAGCAAUGCAUAAACCGACUGCAGGACAUGAAACUGCAGGCAGUCUUGCAAGACCUGCAGGAGCUAUGCCCAAACCAAAUCCAGAGGGAUGUGGGAGUUGAUGUAGGACAUUGCGACGUCCCUAGUCAUCCCAUGCUGGAAUGGUUUUGUCUUAAAGUGUUGGGAGCCUCCAGUCUCCUGUGCCGGACCCUGGACCAGUGCACCAAAGCUUUCUCAUUGACAAGGCAGCAUCUUCGUUUGUCUGAGUUCAUCGUGCUGAACUUGGUGCUGACAUGCAUGCUCAGUCGACUCUGGGUGUUUUUCAGAGGCAUCCUGAGAACUCUGGUGCCUGUGUAUGAAGGGAUCAUGGCUCUGCUGCAUGAGGUAGUGCAUUGUCAACCCAUGACCUUCCUCCCUGACUUCACCUUGCCCGGAGACCUGGCAGUGUUUCUGGGCUCCACUUAUUCUGACCUGCUUGAGGAGAGGAGUACACCAGAGCCUUUUGGGAUGAAAAACCUCUCUGUUCUCGAUAGGCUGUUUGAGGAGGGAAGUGAGGAACAGGUGGAAAAGAGGGAAGAAGAAGAGAUGAAGAUAAUGCAGAUGCUAGCCCGUGAGGAAAUGACAUCUAGCAUGGAUCUGGGGAGGACCAUUUUGCGUCGAGGUCCACCAUGCUCUCGAUCUUCUGCAGAUUUGGACAUAAAGUCGAUGCUGCAGCAAACUUCCAAACAGUGUGCAGUUGAAGUGUUCAGUAAGACAGCAUCUCCUGGGCAACCGAGUACUUCCAGCCUGCCUGUGCUGGAGCAGAAGAAGAUGUUCUUGAAAAGGCUAAGUACAGCAUCCUCCAUUAAGGACAUGGCUGCACAUUUUGAACAGAUGAUGGGCUGGUGUAAGAGGAGUAAGCUGUAUUGGGAACGCCGCUAUCUUGCCUUCAUGCUCCUCAGGUGCCAGAGGAUGAAGGCUUUGGAGUGUGAGGGAAUCAGUGUGCAGAAGAAACUGAGGAGGCUUAGGCUUAGGGUUCACAAUGUGAUGCUUAAAGGAACUGACUUGGUGAGACCUUCCCUUUUUCUUCAGCGAAGGACAAAUUGCUACUUCAGAACACGUUUUACUACACUUUUGAGAUGUUAUGGAAGCGUCAGGAGCCGAGUUGGAAAAGUCAGAAUGCGCUCUCGGGUAGCCAGAGACCUUUUUAAUGUAACUGCAAAAUCAUCACACAAAUGCAGAAAGUACACAAAAGUUUCACCUAUACAUAACGAUGUGAUGUCAGGAAGCGAAGGCGUAUUUAGUCAAAAAAAAAGCAAAAUGGAGACCAGUUCACUGAAAUCUAGCAGUGUGCACAAUGAUGAGAUUGAUAAUAUUUUUGCCUCCUUUGGCUUUUAGUGUUAUUGUAUAUGGAGAAUUUGGUGAAGUAUGAUUAAAGCAACACUACUAAAAGAUUUUGGACUGUAUUUGUGUUUGACAGACCUGCAUGUGUUAACAAUUCAGGUUUGUGAAACAUAAUGGCUACAUUUGGUUGUUUUGACAGGUCUAUGCUUUCGAGACUUAGAUGAACAAACUGAUUGCUGAAAUAUCCCAAAUGUUGUCUAAAUUUAAGCUUUUCCAAUUAUAAUACUGUAAGUAGUAAUAAUUUCCUAAAAAUUCAGAACCACACAUGGCAUUGGCUCAAUUUAUUCUUAGUAACUACAGACUUCAGGAGUGAUUUUAUUUUUUCCAGUCAUUUGCUGUCAUGGCCUGCCCUUUAAUGGUGGCUGAAUGCCCUUUCACACUGAGUGCGAUGCGAUAAAGCGAAGUGAAUCGCAGAUGAACGGUGCUUUCACACCAAACGCAAAAUGAUUGAUCGCCUUCAGCUAAUUCACGCCUGCACGAUAGGUGGCGCUGACCGAGAAUGCAUUUUAAUCCUGCACACUAGGUGGCCCAACACAGUAUUCAGCUGAUCGGCCUAACGUCUUUGACCACCGAGAAGAAGAAUCACUUACCUGUUGUCGCAUAGCACCACAACGCAAACUGUUAAGAAGCAUAGAAACUAACUUUUCUUAUUUUAUGUGUAUUCUACCCUGAAAGGGAGGCAGAAAUUUUUUUGAACAGCACCAUCAAUCUGUUUUAGUAUGAAUUAAAUAAUGUGAAAUAUAAUGCAAUAACACAGUAUUGGGACAAAGUCUGUUGUUAACAAACUCAAAAAUGUUGUUAAUGAUAUAUUUGCUGUUUCAAUACUUACAACGCACAUGAAUUGGCUGCUAAUUCCAUAUAGUUGGGUUUUAUUUUUUUUUAAAGGGUCAACAAAAACAAAUAUUUAAAUAACUGACAAACAUUAUGGUUAGAAAUCAUCUGAGUCGAGUUCAUGUGAUAUUAGUCUCUGUGCUAAAAAGAUUUUGCAAAAUUCCAAAAAAAAAAAAAAUGUCCAAAGUCUCUUGCACUAUGACAAACAAAUCGAGAUCUUUUAUAAUGGACCAUUUAAAGCCUACACGGUCUAAAAAUAGGACGUUUAAGUUGUGAAAAUAAUUUGUGAAAAAGUAAAUUUUUCAAUAUGAUCUAGUUCUAAAGAUACAUUAUUAAAAUUGUGCAGAUAUGCAUGUAGUUCUUCAGUAGAUAUAUUCCAAAUGGAACAGUUCAGAUGUUUCAGUAUUCCUAAAUGACUAACUUGCAAAAGCAGCUUUUUAACUGGUUUUAAAUUGGUCAGAUGGCAAACUAUUUCUGACCACUCUUCAGUGAAUGCCACAAAAAUAAGACUCUCAAGCUGAGUUACUCCUUCAAAAAUGUUGAAAGCUAUAGUUGAACUAUCGUAUAUCCUAUACUAUUAUUGUCCUUUUAUUAUGUUCAUCAAAUGUGCCUUCAUGUGUUCAAGUGUUAUCUUGGUAUCCAGAUAAGAGGUACUGAAAAGCCUGUCAUACUGUACACACUGUUCUUUUUGUUCCUGAUCAGUUUUUUUUUUAAGGUUUACUUUUACAAGAAAGCAUUCCACUACAGGAAAUAUUUUACUUCAUUUCUAUAAAAAUGUAUUUUGAAGGGACACUGUAAUUUGAAAAUUAAUUUCCUGUGUUUCCUUUCAAACUUCAUGCACAGAUCUGUAUUAUAUGUUAGUCAGUAAUAUAAUGCCAUGACUUACAGUGCCCUCCACUAAUAUUGGCACCCUUGGUAAAUAUGAGCAAAGAGGGCUGUGAAAAAUUGUCUUUAUUGUUUAAUCUUUUGUUAAGAAAACAAAACCCAGUUGCAACCAAAACCCAGGUUUAUUUAAAAAAUCUUUCUUAAAUAUAGGUGUGUAACAAUUAUUGGUACCCCUGUGAAUUCAUAUGAGAAAAAUAUAUUUGAAGUAUAUUCCUAUUGUCAUUUUACUUUUUUGUUAGUACACCUGGGUGUCUAGGAACAGGAAAUUGUUCAACCAUGACUUCCUGUUUCACAGGGGUGAAACAGUUCAUUCCCUUAGUCAUUCAUAACAAGGGGUAAGACCAAGGAAUAUAGCUAAAGGUUGUUGAGCUUCACAAAAUGGGAAGUGGCUAUAAGAAAGUAGCACAUGUGUUGAAAAUGCUCAUUUCCACCAUCAGGGCACUAAUUAAGAAGUUCCAGUCAACUGGAAAUGUUAUGACUCAACCUGGAAUUGGAUGUGUGUCUAUAUUGUCUCAACGCACUGUGAAGAGGAUGGUUCGAGUGGCCCAAAAAUCUCCAAGGAUCACAGCUUGAGAAUUGCAGAAGUUAGUUGUGCCUUAGGGUCAGAAAGUCUCCAGAACUACAAGCCACAAGUUGUUUGGAAGGGUUUCAAGAAAAAAAGCCUCUACUCUCGUAACAAAAACAAUCUCGAGCGUCUUCAGUUUGUCAGACACUACUGGAACUUCACAUAGGAUCGGGUCUGUGGUCAGAUGAAACCAAAAUAGAGCUUUUUGGCAAUAAACACCAGAGGUGGUUUUAGCGCACACAGAGAGGUAGCCAUAUGGAAAAGUACCUCAUGCCCACGGUUAAAUAUGGUGGUGGCUCUUUAAUGUUUUGGGGCUGUUUUUCUGCCAGAGGACCUGGACAUUUUUGUUAGGAUACAUGGCAUCAUGGACUCUAUCAAAUAUUAACAGAUCAUAUGAAAACCUGACUACCUCUGCCAAAAAGCAUAAAAUGUGCUGUGUUUGGAUCUUCCAGCAGGACAAUGAUCCAAAACAUACACAAAAAUAAUUCACCACAUAAAUGGUUUACUGACCACAAAAUCAAGGUCCUGCCAUGGACAUACCAGUCCCCUGACUUGAAACCCAUAGAAAGCCUUUUGUAUGGUUUCUGUAUCCUUCUGUAUGGAGGAAUGAUCUCAGAUCCCUUGCCAUGUAUUCUCCAACCUCAUCAGGCAUUAUAGGAGAAGACUCAUAGCUGUUAUCUUGGCAAAGCACAAAGUAUUAUUGACUAAAAGGGUGCCAAUAAUCAUCGCACACCUUUAUUUAGCAAAGAUAUAUUUUUUGGAUAAACCUGUGUUGUUUGCAAUCGUUUGAUAAUGAUGAGAGCAUUUUUGUGAAUUAUUUGAUCAAAAUGUUAAACAAUAAAGAGAAUUUUUCACAGCCUUCUUUGCUCAUAUUUACCAGGGGUGCCAAUAUUAGUGGAGGGCACUGUAUUUUCCCCAUGUAUACAGUAUACAUCCUAUGAUACACAUCAUGUUUCUUUUAAUCCCCAACAAACUGAAGUGAUAUAUAAUCAUGUAGAUCCAAUAUCAUAUUAUAAUGUCCAUGUAAUGUGAUUCUGAUAUAAAAUAAAAGUGAACAUGCAGAUA